CCAACUUGGUCUCGGAGACUCGUUUAGGAUUAUCAUAAAAUGUCACAAGGCCUGGCAAUAUGGAUAAUCGUUAUUCCCAUGCACCAUUAGUACAACCGAGAGAACAUGGGCAACAGUUUAUUCGCAUGACGAUCCAAAAUUCAAAAUGGCGGACGAUGGGGAAAUAUUUCUUCAAAAUGUACCUACUCGAAUAUGCCGUUUUAUUAAUUUCUGUUGAACUUUCUCAGUUCUUGAACUCGUACAUUUUGAUCGAAUGAGUUUAGUUUUCAUUUUCACAUGUAGCAAAUGGUGAAAUUUGAUAAUCCCAAACGUAAAUAAGGCAAGGCAAUUGCUCAACUUUUCUAACAAUGAAGACGCCAUGGAAUGAAAAGAAUUCUUGUUCUCUUGCUCAAGAGUUUCCGUGUCCAAAUAUUUGAGAAAGUGUAAGGUACUAAGAUAAGCUUAUAAGGUAAGGAAAUACAGAUAUUGUGCAACUCGACAAAGCAUAAGCUUAAUCAGGUAAGGUUGUCAUUUAAGCACAAUCGCUUCGUACUUCAUUCGUGUGCUUUCGAGUUAUUUUUGCAGGUAAAUAAGUUUAUAGUCAGUGGUUUUAAAGUUKAAACGUUUUUGCUCAACAUGGCCACUAGUGCAGAUAAAGCUGUUAAUGAUGCCCAAAAAUCAUCUUUAAAAACAGGAAAAAGGGACUGCCCUAAUUGUGGCCUUCCACAACCCAUCAGAAAGCGGGUUUGUGGAGGCUGCAAUGAGCAGUUUGUUCCAAAGCCUAAGAGAAAGCAGCAGGAUAUUGGAGCGAUGGGAAAGACAAGCGUUACUGAACAGAGACGCUUAUUGGAGAAGAGAGCAAAUAUCUUGCAUAUGCAUCAUAAUGCAGAUAUUGUGAUUUUGAUGCACAGUAGGCAUGGACGAGGAAAUACUGUGACAUGCUUUGGAACAGAAGGUGCUGGUGUAGCUUUUAUUGGCAAUAAACAAAACGUAAAGCAGUCUGGUGAAGGGCAUAUGGUAGAGAAGCUCUUUACCAAGUUUAUGCAAGGUUUGAUCAAUGAUUGCAUGAUCCAAAUAAUUUAUCUAGAUUGGAAUUUUGUUGACUGUGCAGAAAUCAGGAAGCUUCUAUCACAGAUUUUGCAUAGACAGUCAUAUACAUCCACUCUACACAUAAUUGUAUAAUAUAACAAACAUUAUGAUAAGAUAAUUGUGUAUUGCAGUAUGCAUCUUAUUAUUAAACUCUCAAUAAAAUAGGGACUAUAAAAUAAUGUUACCAUGGACACUAGUGA